GGCAACCUGGCAGCGUGUACGGAGACCGCUUGGCAAUCUGGCAAUGCGGAAAUAGAUCUGGCACCCCCCGAUCUCGGACCGAGGAGAGAGGCGUGACAGAGCGAGCAGACCGGAGAAGGGAUAGCAUUGAUAAAGAUAUAAUAAUCAACUCUUUCUCUCCUCCUGCCCUGUUUUCUUUUUUAAUUAAAGUGCUCAGGUGCGCAUCACCCGCUGCCCGCACCAGCUGGGAUUUUCCAGCGUUUGUUUUUUUCUUUCUUUUUUUUUUUCUUUUCUUUUCUUUUUUUAUUUGACAACUGUGAGAAAAGGAGAGAAGAAAAAGAAGAAUAAGUGCGUUUUUGUUGUUUGGAUUCCGGACUUCUUCACUGACUUUUCCAGGUUUUUUUUUUUUUUUUUUUGCAUCAAGCAUGGAUGUGCUGGCGAAUUACAGUAUUUUCCAGGAACUCCAACUCGUUCAUGACACUGGUUAUUUCUCUGCGAUGCCUUCCCUGGAGGAGAACUGGCAGCAGACAUGUCUAGAGUUGGAGCGGUAUCUACAGACGGAGCCCAAGCGAUUCUCAGAGCUCUUUGAUGAGGAGCUGGACUGUCUCUUAACGCCGGCCUUCAUGCAGGGCGGUGACAGUGACGAGGACUUGAUGGAUCCCCUCCUCCCAAGUCUCCCUGACCAGCCCAGCCCACCUCCACUACUGGUAACACUCCCCAAGGUCCAGAGCAAAAUUCUCCAGGUGCCCAACCCCAGCAAGACCCAAGUAGAGGCAGGGACUGAAACACUCACACCAAAGGACCAAGUCCUCACAGGAGUCAGUGCCGCACAGCUCAGUGCCGCUGUUACAUCCCUAACACCACCAUCAUCGCCGGAGCUUGGCCGCCACCUCAUCAAACCCACACAAACACUGACUGCGACGGCAGAUGGUACACUAACGCUCAAACUUGUGGCGAAGAAGGUAGGGUUAGGGGCGGCUAAGCUGGUGGCAGCACGAGCAUUACCAUCGCCACCAAGCCGAGGAGGAGCCCUCAGUGACAGUGAGCAGGGAGGAGGAGGAAUUCUGGGAGGAGACGUACCAGAGAACAAAAAGAGAGUCCACCGAUGCCAGUUUAAUGGCUGCAGGAAGGUUUACACCAAGAGCUCCCAUCUGAAGGCACAUCAGAGGACUCACACAGGUGAGAAGCCUUAUAAGUGCUCAUGGGAGGGCUGCGAAUGGCGUUUUGCCCGCAGUGAUGAGUUGACACGACACUACCGCAAACACACCGGAGCCAAGCCAUUCAAGUGCAACCACUGCGACAGGUGUUUCUCUAGGUCAGACCACCUGGCCCUGCACAUGAAGAGGCACAUCUGAGGGCGAAGAAACAGAAGGAGUGGGAGAGGGGAAGAAGCAAGAGGAGGAAGAGGAGGAGGAGAGAUAGGAAGUAGAGAGGGAUGGGCAGUCUACCAACCACCCGCCUCGUUCACCCCGUCUAUAAAGCAGUCGGUGGCCAUGAUGCCUGCAGGGAAGCGCAUCCAGCGCAUCCAUCUAAGAGGGUCAUAAAGAUCAAACAGACAGACCGCCCUCUCAUCGGAGACAGGGACUGGAGGAAAACGAGGAGUAGCUAGAUUGUUGUUUUUCUUUAAAAUUACACACUCACACAACUUGCAAUAGUUAACACGCCACACACCGUCGUUGAAUGCAUCAUCCCGGUGAACCCCGGCUGCCCUCGUGUGGCUCCGGGGGCUUGGACACUGCCAAACCAACAUAUACUUAGCUUGCUUGAUGAAACAUACGCCUUAUUUUCUUUCUCUGUAUUCAGUGUGUUUAAACCAUAAAGUCACUUUGGGUGAGGAGAUAGUCAGUGGGGAAACUUUAAAUAUCCAUGUAGUCAGUUGUUAGUGCUUUACCGGCAUUUAAAAUCAAAUACUCAACAUUUUUCUUUGCUUUUUAAUGUUUUUCAUAUAUGGAACAUGAAAAAAAAAACAUCAUCUGCCAAGUCAGCUUCAGUUAUCUACGUGAAGAAAACAACAAUGCCAAAUCUGCAGGAGAGAGACUGUACGGAUUGACUUCUAGCAUAGCUGACAAUCGAACAGGGCUCGUUUGCCGGGUGUUUUCGGUGCACCCAUGGGAACUUGGUCAGCGAGGUGCUGCUGCAUCUCAGGCUCUCCUCCAGUGGGUGUUUACAUCUCUCACCUUCACUGAGACGCCUGCCACCUCCGCAGGCCAUCUGACAGAAAUGCGCAGCGACACUUUCUUCCUUUUUUUUUGUACUUAGAGAACGAUAAUUCUUAUUGUUGUUAUUACAAAGAAAGACACUUUGUUUUUUUUUCUCUCUUGGAGAAAAAUGUCUUAAAACUCACUGAAUUGUGUUUGAGAAAAAAAGAAAAAAAAAACUGAAAAUCUAAGAUGACUUCAACAGAAUGUGUGGGAUGAAGGGGAAGAGCGUUGUUGGUCUUUUAAUCCCCAUGCGCACCGGCUGUGCUUCUGCAGUCUGUAAGCAAGCAGUGGAUGAACAAAAAAAAAAAAAAAAAAAAAAAAACAGAAUCACACCAACUCUCAGAAAAGGGAUUUGUAUUUUUUCUUUUCUUUUUUUCUGGACUUUAAUAAAAGCGGAGAGCAGAGGGGUCUUCAGUUUUGUGUGAUGCUCUUUCUGCCCUGUGAUUCACUCCAGCUGAAAAACAAAACCCUUGCACGACCCUCCAUGGUCUCGCACUCCACCAGAGUCAGGCGGAGGACACGCUAAGAACUGGAAACUCUUUUUUUUUGUUCUUCUUUUUUCGCUUCUUGUUGAUUCUGAGAGACAUCCUGGACGGUUUUCACAGACUCUCAGAUCCCAUCUCCCUGGCAGCACUUCAGGGCAAGAGCGGAGGCUGAAGAGACGCUUUUUGGUUAUUUACGACGACCUUUUGCGUGGUGGUGCCGAACAGACACAGUCACAUCGACCUGGUCAAAUUUGCCUGUUUCGUAUCCAUUGACUGCACUGACUUUUUUUCAAUGUUAUCUGUGGGGGUUUUUUCUACAGCAAAAAAAAAAAAAAAAAAGAACUCAAAGAAAAAAAAUCAUAAAAAGACUUGAAAAAAUACAAUACAAAAACAACUCUGUCUCGCUCUACACAUUGUAUACAGAACAAGCACACAUACUCCGUCAACACACACACAAUAACACUGCAGUUUCUUUGCUCACAGCUCCUCUUGAGAUAAGACUAAUAAGAUUUAGGAAAAUAAUUAUUAAACUAAUCAACAGAGCUGGAAAACAAAAUACUGCAUGGCAGGCUUUAUGCAAACACACACACACACACACACACACACACACACACACACGCACCAGCUCAUGCGCACACACACACGCACACUCUUCCUGGAAUUAUAUGUUCUGCUCCCAGAUCUUUUUUCACAGUAGGAAUUUAGCAACUGUUGUUUAGUAGAAGAGUAUCUUAGCUCUCGGCUGGAGGUAACAAACGAUUCCAAAAUCCUUUGAAGUGAGAAAUCAGCUUGCUCUCAUUUCCAACAAUCACCCACAUAUCCCUCGCUGCGGUUUGUGCCUCUCAUUUAAUCAGUGUUUUUACUUCAGAGACUCUAGUUACAUUGUUCCGAACAACUGAUGCUAUAAGCCACUUUUCUAAUAAAAGUAAAUGGAACUAAAAACAAUGACAGCAUGAUUUUUAUCAAAACAUACAACACUGUUGAAAACAUGUCAGUAAUCCCAAAAGACCUUUUCUGCCCUGCCGCUCAUGUACAGUGAAUUUGAAUGUUGAGGAUCAUCCCAAACAGCCAGGUUUCUAACUAAUUUGCUGACUGCUGAAAUCUCAGCUCGAUUUUUCACGAGACAAAUAUAAUCAAGUAAAAGAUGAUUAAAGGCACCUUGUGAAUGUUUUGAGCAUAGGUGGUGUUAUUGAGCAAAGCUUUGUUGAUAUUGUAUUAUUUUACAUGUAUAUGUCCAUUCAUAUGUGUAAGCACAUGGGAGACAUGAUACACAUUAACGCCAUCAGUUUAACUGUCUUCCUGCUGACAGCAGUAUGCAAGGAAGCGUAGCGAUGCACCCACAAAAGUAAGAUAAAAUAAAGGCUGCUAGCUAACCAACAUGUGAGUGAACAAAAAUGCAGAAUGUACAAUAUUAUAUAUCCAAAAACUGGCUGUGUGAUGUGGAGUAAAUGCAUUUAACCCGUUUGACAUCAAAAAUACUCAUUGCAUUUUGGUUAGAAACAGGAAGUAAAUAUAAUGUUUACAAGAAAACUCGAAAGGGGUAACUUUAAAUCUUUUUCAGUGACUUUAAAUUUAACAACAUUGUCUACAAAAGCAAAACAAAGUAGUAAAUAAAUAUAUUUUAGUUAUUGCAAUCUGUAGAACUGCAAUAAAGAAGGGCUUGAAGGUUUAUUGGCAUGUCUUCAAAACCCACAGGAAGGUUUAUAAAAUCACCUGCAGGGUUUCCAAAGCUAUAAUGUUUGAUUAAAAAUGACUUCUAUCUGUGACCUGAAUGUAAUCGCUGACGCUAAAUUCUCUAAUGUAAAAGAUGAUACGUGAGAGGUGAAAACCGGGGUGAGCACAUAUCCACAGCGCCUGCUUACUUUGUUCAGUGGUUGCAGAGAAAACAAACUUGCCUUGCAAUCAGAGCAUCACUGACACCGCUGCUCUAUCCGCCCACCACCACCUAUAUGCCCUGUAGCACAUGCAAACAGUCUAACUCUCGCUGCUGCUGACUGCUGCGGCUGGGUGAGGGUGCAGGGUUCCUGAAGCUGGAAGGGAAUUCACAUCCCAGCAUGCCCAGUCAUCGUGCCAGUUGGCCUUGCCAGCCUUCAUUAGGUGAAAACAGUGAAAACAUUCCCCUUCAAGGGGGUUUAUGGUGCAGCUUCGAACAAUCGAUACCAAAAACCUCCAGCGUGGAACUGCCCUUUAGCCAUGGGCAAAGUCUCCCCGGUCAGGAAAGAUCAGCGGCAGACCGCCUCCAUAUGAGGCCUCUAUAUCCAGCGGCAGCUUUCUCUACUAACACUCUCUUUCUGCUAAACACGACGUAAAGCAACCCAUGUUUGGGAUGAAUCCAGUGUUUCACUUUUGAUUUCAUUUCAUUGUUAGGUUUCUGUUACAAAAGCUGUAUUGAUGGUUGUUUUUUCAGCUUGAAUGAUGCAAUGUCAUGCCAAAAUGUUGGGACAUGCAAUGGGAUGUAGAAAGAGCCCUCCUAUACAGGACGUACAAUCAUAGAGGGAUGGGGAUCGUAGCACUUUUGAGAGGCUUUUGAUGGCAUGAAUGUGUUUCUGUGUGUAUGUGUGUCCCCGUUAGGCAUACUGUGAGCAAAGCAGUGAUUCAUCAAAGUGGUUGAUAACAUAUUUAACUGCUGAACAUAUGUGGCACAAAUGUUGGUUGAUGUAUUUGCUGAUGGAAAACGCUUGUAAUCGAAGCAACGGCUGACAAUGUUUAUUAGGUUUAUGUUCAAACCCUUCAUUCGCUCAUACAUUCAGUCAUUCAUUCAGAUAAGUUGUGGAGCUUGAUGGCUUGAGUCGAAGAGAUACAGAACUUGCACUUUCUAUUAAAAUCUAAAAUGAGACAUCCUCUCUGCCAGAUUGAAUGAAAAAAAUUUAUUGUUUUCUGAAGGACAUCCACUCACUAAUAAGCUCAGAAUGUAUCAGCGUUGGUUCUGAAAACCAAAAAACAGGAAUAUCUGGAUUUUAAUCAGAUCUUUAAAAAAAAAAAAAAAUGCAUUUGCUGCAAACACUGCAGUCUGACCAUCUUAGAUUUAGUAAAAAUUAGUCAGAUGUAUAAUCAGCAGCUCAUUUGCAUUCCGCCCCCAUUUGGCUUGUCACUUUGUGUUACCUCAUUUCCUGCUAAUACCUCAAGAGGACCUAAUUUACGGAUAACAGGAUGGCAGGAUCAGCGUCUUCUUGCAGGAGGAGGCGACCUUUGGCACGCAUGGUGACUCCGAACUGAAGUUGAAUCAUGGUACUUUUAGGUGGAAAUCAAUAAACAGCUAAAAUGACGAGCCUUAAGUUCACACUGAAAAGCAAAUGCGUCACUUUUAGAGGUAACUCAUUGAUAAUGUGCCCUGAACAACAGAGACAUACCAAGUUCUUGGAGACCUCAUGCGCCAUUUUAGAGCUUACAUUUUAAAACCAGAGUUUAAAUUCCAGCCUUGACCAGAAUGCAGCAAUUUGUUUUUGGCAUUGAACAGAUCUCAAAGUCACUUCAGAUCCAGUUUCACAUUUGUUUCUUGGCCAGUUGGAGAGGGUUGCCGCGGGUCUCCAGACGUCUCUCAGGCUCCUCCAGGUCGGCUAGCUGGCGUCCCACAGCUCUGAUUAGCAUAAUCACCAUUGGGUCCUCUUCUCUCGUUGCAGUCCAGCUAAUGAGAUAGCUCUGAGUCACAGGGAAACCGAGUGGUCUGGAGGAAAAAAAAACAACAGGGACCUUGAGCCGAACUGAUUCCAGCGCUGCGUACCCGGUGGACAGAUUUGAUGUAGAACAAACAAGAUCCAGUUAGCGUAGAGAAAUGCCAGGAGACAGCGAGGUAUUUGUCGAAGCGACUAAACUGUGAGGAAGAAAAAAGGAUUUAAAAGAAUAAUUUACCCAUAUGAAUAUCCAAAUCAUUAAAUCGGCCCCUUGCAUUUUAUCUCAUGGAUUACUGAUAAAAUAAAUUGCCAUUUAUCUGCAGAGUCCCUAAAGAUAGUAGAUCCACCGUGUGUCCUCCAGCCCUCCCUCUUUCCUUCAUCGUUGAAGUGCCAUUCUGGAUUCCCUACACCUCCAUCCUCACCCCAUUUCUCCCUCUCUGUCCACAGCAGUUGUCCAUGCACUAUCAGCUGCAUGAAUGCUGAAUGCACACUUUACACAUUUUGCCCAAAGAUUUGCAUAUUUGCAAGUUAUCUGCUGUGAAUGUAGUAGAUGUAGAGGAAAGGGUGGGGAGGCAGAGGCGCAGAAGAGGAGUUAUUGGAUGGAGGGUGGAAGGAGAGGGAUUGUUUUUCCCUGCAUGAUCGUCCCAUUAAAUCUUAAUUACCGGUGCGCUCCGACUCUUCAUGCUUCAUAACAUUCGCACUCUCCUGUCUGCUGUCAACUGGAGCCGAACUCAUUGUUCACAAAUGUAAAAUAAUGUUCUCAUGGUCUUAUAGGGUGCCCAGUAUAGUGGCGCUAGCAGCUUAAGCAGGGGCAAAGAAGCUUUAGUUCGAGUUAGCUUCUUAGCGCACUGAAAGUAGCACCAUUAAGUCUCAUAUUUCAAAGUCAUAGGUGGGCUGGAGUCUGUGGUGAAACAGUCGGCUGUGGAAACCACCGUCACAUCAGAGCGUUUGAAUGAGUUCAGGCUACCAUCCACACAUUCAACCAUUCAAAUGGUUAAAGCUCAGUUAAAUUCUACUCUUUGGAGUUCUCGAAAGGGGUUUUCACACUGGCUGCUUGGUCCAAAUCUGGGAAUGAUUUGCCAGAAACCUUACCAUUUUGGGAAAAAUGUAUUAAUUUUACAGUGGCGAAUAUCCAUCUCCCAGUAUGGGACCACUUCUAUUCUACUGGAAUCUGAAGUUUAUGUCAACCCAGAUACAUACAUAAGAUUUAUCCAGUAUCUUAUUAUAACAUAUGUCCUAAUGAAAUACGUAGAGGCCAUAUUAGACCUGAUGUAGCACACAUCAAUCAACAAAACUUCAGAAUCAGUUGGAGAUAUCUACUCAUAAUAUUUCUGGAUUCUUGGCCUUUUUGCACUGCAAAGGUAUCACAGAUCAUGGCAUCAACAGCAACAUCCAAGCUGUGUUUGAACUGCAUGUCAUUUUCCACUCUUCCUAAUCGAUCUCCAAUAUGAAAUAUGUGAUUUACCAUUUGCAUAAUAAAAGGAGUAAGAACAUGCAAUCAACAUGUUGAUCUAACCCUGGAACUAAUGAACAAGUACAAAAGCAGACAGUAGCAGGGUUAGGAGAAGGAGGGCUAACCAACUCAGAGUCAGACCAACAAACCCAGUGUGAAGACUGCCUUUAGACUUUGCCUCUGAUCACAGCCAGUAGUUUGAACACAGUCUUUUGAGGGACUAGGCUUCAGUUUCCAUAGUUUUCCACUACAUCUCCCUGAAGAAGGAUUGUCACCUUAGGCAGCUUUUGUAAAUAGCGUGAGAUCCUACAUACAGACCGCUCUGUAUGAAACUAACUGUAUAUGGCGACAGCACCGUCUCGGACAUUUCAGCCUUUCUAUAGAUCUGCUUUAGUUCUCGCAAACAUUGCACUACAUGAUCAUACUUAGCUAUUGCACUCUCCAUGAGCACGCACUUCUAGCAUAGUCUAUUGGAGCACUCUGUCAAAAUAUCCACUUAACAUAUGUAACACGUCCAGGAUGCACUUUGCCACCAAGAACCAAGAACAGGUCGACUCUCGAUGGAUCAGACUGACAUAUCAACUUAAACCUCCAGUUAAAUGCCUUUUCAUCAGUUAUUCUGGGGGAAUACGUUGUACUUUAUAAACAUUCAGUCAUUCUCUGAGUCGGUUGAACUUUCUUGGUAUCAUUGUCAUCCCGGAGUGAUUCUGUCCGUCUGUAACUACUGUGUUUGUUUGUCCAUGCUUGAUGUGUCAGUAUAUAAGAGAUUCACAGAUCUUUACCCCUCUCCUUGUGUCUGUAUAUUUCACCUCACCCACACCAAACCCUUUCCACCUAAACCACAACCGUCAGAGCCCUGUGGGGCAGAACAUGCUCAAAGUCUUCAGAUAUCCGGCUGUACUAGGAAGAACUCUCUAGAGCUACGCAGCUUCGGAGCUCCAAGCAGUUCUUAGGCGAGACUGCAAUAACUUCUCAACCUUUCCAGCUAACCGUCAUUGGUUUGUAAAGUUUGUUUCAGCUCAGUCGACCCAUCCUCGCAGGUGCUUUUCCAUCUCUGUCAGUUGAUCUGCUUAAUUAGACAUUAACGCCUGAUACAUUUAUGUGGGGCACUUAGAGUUUAAGAGCAACUUUUUUAAAUUUGAUCAGUACGAGCAGAAAGGAUUGGUAUCCAAACUGUUAUGUUGGUCUCUGGUAAAUAUCACUGUCAAACAGUAGAGAAUCAUGUUAGGAAAUUGACUAACUUCAAGAUGGAAUUUUUGACAAUGCUUUUUGUUGAUGAGCUUGUUUCAAUGCUAAAACUCACAGGAUCACAGAUUGUCCUUCAUGGGAAAUGUGCUAUUUCCAAUUUUAUAAUUCUUCUAAUGUAGAAGUCCAGCUUUUCUUUCAGGUGUCAAGCUUGAAAAAGGGUUUGUUAAUAUGCUGCAGAUUGUAAAGCCAACCCAGUCGCCAGAAUGAGAGGCAGCAAUGUAUGUUUCUGCAAACUAAAGUUUUGUUGAAAUUUUACAUUUCUUUAUGCUGCAGUUUUACUUUUCACUAGGCUCACUUUUCAAUUUCAUGGUGUGGCGAAACUGUGCUUAUGAUCUGGUUAUGUUUAAGUACAAAAAACACUUGAGUAGACUUUAAAUGCCUGACUUAAUCACUACGAAGACAGCCGCAAAUAUUUUUUUGGUGCCAGUAACAUUGCUGGAAGUAAACUGCAGCCACUGUCCUGGCAGCCUUCUUAGCUGUAACUCCAGCACUGUCCCCUUCACCUCCUGAUAUGAAAGUCAGGUCAAAAAUAUGUAAUGUGAACAUGAUCAGUGGUUUGCAGAGAUGUUCACUGCCAACAUUUUAUGCUUGCGACUAGACCGGUAAACCCUUGCAGUUUAUUGUUUGAUUUGUAUUGCCCGCUACAAACCUUCAACUUUGGUACAGAUGUAGAAGGAUUCAUUUUGAUGUAUUGAGAUUCACCUAUGGAUGGACAAUUACUUUCCAAUGUGUAACAAGUUUUUGAAUAUCAUAACUUCUAAUUGAUCAACCGUGUAUGGGUUUCUUCCUAAAUUGUGACUUAAAAUUUCAAUUCUGCUCACCAGCUGCUUUUCAGAGCUAGGACACAGUAGAGAAGACACAAGACAUCUCUCUCAGGUUCAAGUGCCAAACGAAAGCUUUAGGGCAUUAUGGUAAAAUUUGAUAUUUUAGAAAUGUGCGUGAUGCUCAUCUUGCUUCCCCAAGAAAGUCUUGUAAAGUUGUACUAAAUGGAGUCCCUAUCUCCAAAACCUCUGCAAUGCAUCUGUAACAUUUUGUGAUAAUCAACAUGAAUGAUGGCCAAAAUAAGAUUUAAAAUCUUUAAGAAAAAAAACGGAGACACAGACAGUAUUUUGGUGCCAAUCCUCAUGCUACAUAUUGGGAAACGUGACCGAUCCAUUGUCGUCAUUAAGCAAAUUGUUCGCAUUUUUAUAUUAUCCAGUGUGUGUCCAUGAUGAACUCCAUCCAUAACUGUUAAGGGAUCACAGCUCUAUAUUUCCUUGGAUGAGCUGACACAAAGAGAAGACAGCAGAUGUGUUUUUACCUCUGACCUGUCCAACAGGGGCUCUGUUACUCUGAUACCUGUCAUAUCAACCUUCGAUCCAUGAACCUUCACUCCACACCCACCCUCCUCUCCUCUGUCACCAUCACAUCUGUUGAGAUUUUAUUUUUUUUUCUUUUGCGUUCUCUUGUUUUACUUGGAAUUUUUUGCUGUACAAAGUGUUUAAAAUAUUAUUUGUAUUAUAUGAUGUUAGUAUGGUAAUGUUCUUUAUUAAGGAAGAAGAAAAUUUAUUUUUGUUACUGGUCUGUUUCAUAAUUCUUUUCUAAAUUGGUAUUGUAAGAUAUCUAUGCAAGAACUGUUAAGUGGAGCAUUUUUAUUUAAGAAUGUAAUAUGUGUAAUAAAUGGUAGAACCUG